AACCAAAACAACACACAAUAAAAUUUAAGUAGAAUUAAACUGAUAUUGUGAAAAAGCAAAAAAAAGUUAGAAAACAUUUAACUAAAAGUUAAGUUAAAAGUUGCUCGGGUUUUUCAAGCAUUUAGCAGAAAAUAAAGUUAAAUAUUAUCUAACGUGUAGGGUAAAGUUGAUUUUUUUAAUUAACUUUAAAAGUGAAAACACGCGGUGAACGCAGUGAAAAAAAAUAUAAGAAAUUCACCGAAAAUUCGCCUCCACCCCCGAACUGUUCGGCUACCAUAGUGAAAAAAGGGAGAGAAAAUCAAGCUUUUAUGUUUUCAAAAAAUUAUUAAUUAAACUCGAAUUGUUGAAUGAAAUUUCGCGUAAAAUUAAAGUGAUAAGAAAUUAGAUAAAGUAAAAGAUCGACUUAAGUUUAGGUCUAGAAAAUUUCUCUUUGUUUGCCGGGUGUGUUAUUUGUGACGAAAAAGAAGAAAAUUUUUUUUUGUGAAUCUUAAAAGAAGGAAAAUCGAAGACUGAAAAAUAUUUUUUUGUCGUGAAAAAUGUCGUCGAUUUUUGACCUGAAUGAGAGGAUGUUGUCACCUCCAUCAACGCCUGUGACAGGAUCCAGUGAUAAUGACCAUACGCAUCCAUUGGGAAACCAACGCGCAUUGGAAAAACUCGCACUCGAACUCUCAAUGCUUGAUCUGACAAACAAUUCGAAUGUUGAUGUACUGACUCCCGGUAUUGCCGCCAUGGAGGCCGCCUUCUUGGAUAUUGAACAAAUUAAUCAACAAAUGAAUUCACCAACAUCCGAUGGACUUGCAGCGGGCAGCACAUUAAAUGCCUUCACAUCGAUGCUUGGCUUCUCGCCCGUCUCUGGUGUUCAUUUCGAUGAUCGCUCCAAGAAGUCACAAAACAUGACAGAAUGUGUGCCGGUUCCAAGUUCUGAACACGUUGCUGAAAUUGUUGGACGACAGGGUUGCAAAAUCAAAGCACUUCGAGCGAAAACAAACACUUAUAUUAAGACACCAGUACGGGGUGAAGAGCCUGUUUUUGUUGUAACAGGACGUAAGGAAGACGUUGCCAAAGCAAAGCGUGAAAUUUUGUCAGCUGCUGAACAUUUCAGCUUAAUUAGAGCGUCACGAAAGCCUUCAUUGUUGGGAGGAUUAACUGGAAAAGGAACACCACCAGGACCACCAACAAACGUUCCUGGACAGAUCACAAUUCUCGUACGAGUUCCAUACCGUGUUGUGGGACUCGUAGUUGGACCCAAGGGUGCCACCAUUAAGCACAUUCAACAGCAAACUCAGACAUACAUUGUGACUCCAUCGCGUGACAAAGAACCUGUCUUUGAAGUUACUGGAAUGCCUGAUAAUGUUCAGUCUGCACGUCGUCAAAUCGAAGCUCACAUUGCACUUCGUACUGGAAAUUCACCAAACGCUAAUGGAUUGAACGGAAUGGCUGGUGACAUGAACAUGUCCGAAUCGCAAGAUUUCUUGUCUUCGCCACUUCUCUCAUCGCUCUACAAGAACGGUUUGAGUUCAUUGCUCGAGCAUUUAGAGAUGAAAGAUCAAGAGAAUCAAUUUGGACAGGCAACACAAAUGACUUCAUCAACUGGAAGCUCAACAUGCUCAUCAAACUCUUCUACGUCAUCAAAGUCAGCGUCGAUGAUGAUUCGACCUGAGUUGAUUGAUUUGUGGAAGACAAUGGGCAAUGAGAAUUCACUUGAUUGUGAUGAAGGCAUUAGCGAUUCACCGAUCAACAUUUGGUCACUUCCAAACUCAUCGAGUCUCAUUGGAUCACGAUCAUCACCAACAGCAUCUGCAUCACCAACUGAUUCAUUGUUAACACCUGGAAAUCAAUCAAAAACUAAACGCGAUUGCUAUUAUUGUGGUGAGAAAGAAGCAAACUCAAUGCUUGUUCCAUGUGGUCAUCAAAUCUUCUGUCUCGAAUGUUCCGAACGUGUUUGUGACGCUCAUGAGCCAUGUCCGGUUUGUAAUCAAAAGCCAACACAAUCAAUGAAGAUUCUAAUUUAAAGUGCUGAACAACAAUAUAAAAUAAAAACUGCUCACAACACCCACAACACUUUUAACUCCGGAGAGAAAUCCUUUUAAUUUAUCGAGAUUUCUUCCUUUUUUAUAUAAAUAUAUAAAACAUUUUUUUAAUUAUUAAUUCAAAAGAUGGUAUCAACAUGUACGCACAACAUUCAGCUAAUGAUUAGCCCGGUCGCAUUUAUGUUAAUUCAUUAUCGUAACAUCGUAAAAUUUGCAUUGUUUGUGUACAUUGUUUGCUACAGAAUCGACAUUUAGAUUAUCUUAAAUGUUCGUACGUGUUUAACAAUGAUCAACGCGCGAUUGAACAUUUACGCAUGCACACACACCCAAACACAUAAACACUUACACAUCCUCACCAAAAUAAAAAUUGACUUAAUUAUAAAGCAAAGCUAAGAUAAUUUGAUGACAACGAAAAUUUAAAGAAAAUCAUUGCGAAUAGCUUAAUUUUAUUUGGCGGUAUUACAUUUAUUAGCGAUUCUUAUAAAAGAAAAUACUCUCCAGUUGAAAAUCAUCUUCCAAAUAAGACAAUUAGGCUAAAAUAAUGUUCCGAAAAAUUUAAUAAUCUAAACAAGAAAAGUGAAUUUGUAUUAAACUACAGAAAAAAAAUGGUUGUGGAAAAGUUUAUUAAAAAUUAUCCAGAAAAAGAGAAUGAAAUGAAUAUCGCAAUGUAGUUCGUCUUAAAGAUUCAUAAAUCGUGUGGUUGUUUGCCGGUAGAAGAUUUCCACAUUAAUCGAUUAUUUGAAUUUAGCCGAUGAAUGAAACUGGCCGAAAAUAUGUUUUCAUGUUGCAAUUCGGACAGUUACAGUUCGGCUUUGCUCGGAAAAUUGCCAACAAAUUGACGCUUCAGCUAACGAUAUUAAUUGAACACAUUUCACUUUUUUUAAUUAAAAUAUUAUAUUUAGCAUCGAUAAUUGUAACAUUACAUAAUCGAUCUGCAUUAAAAAGACAGCAAAAGUGGAUGAUUAAAAGCAUUUUAUACCAGUAAAGACAAGUCUAAGGAGUAAUAAUUAAAGUUAUAUUGAAACAUUAGUAUCAUAGCUAGAGCAUUGAUCUCCCUUUCAUAAUGUACUAUGAAAUCUCUUCUCUCUCUAUCUAUCUCUCUCUUUAUAAAUUUGAUAUGGUAGACGAGACAAAACUUAAGCAAUUUUUCAAAAUAAAACAAAAUGCAUGCGAAAAUUGAUGGUUAAAUCGAUUGACCUGGGAAUUAAAUGAAAAUUGGGAUAAGAGAAAAAAUAAAAUUCGAAACAAUAAUUUAAUUUAAUAAAUAAAGAAGGAAAACAAGUUUUCUAAUCAAAGUGAAAUCAAAUUUGUGAAACAAUCUUUGCAAUUGAAAUUGGUAGACAAAAAUAUUAAAGUUUUAU